GCUCGAACCAGUGACACCCAUAAUCUACGACAUCGGCGAUUUUCGUCGCCAUCAUCGUCGUUCUCUUGUUCCUCUCUAUCGAUCUCUGGAGAGAUAGAAAUCGCCUUUCUCGAUUCGCUCUCCUGCAUUCGCCGACGAGAGAGAAGAGAGCUCAAAAUCCAUCACUUUUCCUCGGAUUCACCACACUCCAAGUAUUAUGGCUCUCAAUCUUCGCGUUAAACAAACCGAAUGCAUAACCCGGAUGCUAAACCUGAACCAACCUUUAAAUCCUGGUGGCACUGCAAAUGAGGAAGUUUACAAGAUCUUGAUCUACGACAGGUUCUGUCAGAACAUUCUCUCGCCCUUGAUCCAUGUCAAGGAUCUCCGUAAACACGGAGUUACACUUUACUUUCUGAUUGACAAGGACCGAAAGCCCGUUCUCGAUGUUCCUGCUGUGUACUUUGUCCAGCCUAAUCAAUCCAACAUCCAGAGGAUCAUAGCUGACGCUUCUAGAUCUCUCUACGACAGCUUUCACCUGAAUUUCUCAUCUUCUGUCCCCCGCCCACUUCUCGAAGAUCUCGCUUCAGGAACAUUGAACUCGGGUUCCAUUGAUAAGAUAGCCAAGGUCCAUGACCAGUAUUUGGAGUUUGUAACCUUGGAAGAUAACUUGUUCUCUCUGGCACAGCAGUCUACUUAUGUACAGUUGAACGAUCCAUCAGCCGGCGAUAGAGAAAUCGAGGAGAUAAUCGAGAGGGUUGCCAGUGGGUUGUUCUGUGUCUUGGCGACGCUCGGUGUGGUGCCGGUUAUCAGAUGUCCUCGCGGAGGACCGGCAGAGAUGGUGGCAUCUGCUUUGGAUCAGAAACUGAGGGAUCAUCUUCUGUCCAAGAACAAUCUGUUUACGGAAGGUGGAGGAUUCAUGAGUUCGUUUCAGCGGCCGCUUUUGUGUAUCUUUGACAGAAACUUCGAACUCUCGGUUGGGAUCCAGCACGAUUUCAGAUACCGGCCUCUUGUACACGAUGUUCUUGGCCUAAAGCUAAACCGGUUGAACGUGCAGAGCGAAAAAGGAGGGAUGAAAUCGUACGAGUUGGACAGUUCGGAUCCAUUCUGGUCUGCAAACGGGUCUCUGGAGUUUCCUGAAGUCGCUGUGGAGAUAGAAACGCAGUUGAAUAAGUACAAGAAAGAUGUCGAGGACGUUAACAAGAGGACUGGAGGUGGAACUGGUGCUGAGUUCGACGGAACUGACCUGAUUGGUAACACCAAGCAUCUGAUGAAUGCCGUGAACUCGCUUCCCGAGCUCACGGAGAGAAAACAGGUGAUUGACAAGCACACAAAUAUCGCAACUGCGUUACUUGGACAGAUCAAGGAGCGAGCUCUGGACUCUUAUGCCAAGAAAGAGAAUGACAUGAUGAUGAGAGGCGGGAUCGACAGAAGCGAAAUUCUCGCUGUCCUGAAGGGCAAAGGUUCGAAAAUGGACAAGGUCCGAUUCGCCAUCAUGUACUUGAUUUCAUCCGAAACUAUCAACCCGGCUGAAGUGGAAGCCAUUGAAGCAGCUCUACGUGAAGCCGAGGCAGACACAAACGCGUUUCACUAUGUGAAGAAGAUUAAAUCGCUGAAUGUUUCUCUAGCUGCUUCAGCGAACUCGGCCAGCAGAAGCAACAUAGUCGACUGGGCCGAGAAGCUUUACGGGCAGUCGAUAAGCGCGGUCACGGCCGGGAUGAAGAACCUUUUAUCGGGCGAUCAGCAACUUGCGGUGACACGGACCCUUGAAGCUUUAAUCGAAGGAAAGCCGAACCCGGAUAUCGAUUCUUACCUCAUGCUGGACCCGAGGGCUCCAAAGUCGUCGGGCUCAGGAAACAGCCACGUGAAGGGACCUUUCCGAGAAGCCAUUGUCUUCAUGGUCGGAGGCGGUAACUACGUCGAGUACGGCAGUUUGCAGGAGCUCGUGCAGCGACAGCAGACAGUUAAGAACGUUAUAUAUGGAUCGACGGAGAUUCUGACAGGAAGUGAAUUAGUCGAGCAGCUCGGUCUGUUGGGACAGAAGAUGGGACUCGGAGGUCCGGCGGCUUCGUCGUCGUCGUCCACGUCAGGACACUGAGUGAAGGGGAAAAAUGUUUUUUUUUUUUAUUGGUUACAAAGUUUUCAUUUCUACUCUUCUUGGAGCUUUUAGCCUUUUUAUUGGACAAACGAUGUUUCCAAGUAUACAAAAUUGAGCAGUUUAAUCUUUUUUU